AUGGACAAUUUUGGAGAAAGCAAGUGUGAAGCUAUUGCCGAAGAAGUUUUACAAAAUAAUUUUCAAGGGCCAAUAGAUCGUGAGCCUGCGCUUGAUCUUGAGUUUGACGACAAUGAGAGUGCAUUUAACUUUUACAAUGAGUAUGCAAAAAAAAGGAUUGGUUUUAGUGUACGCAAAGAGUACGUGAACAUAAAUAAGAAAUUGUGUUAUGUAACAUCACAAAAGCUUACAUGUUUCAAGGAGGGUUUCCGUGGAGAUGAUAAACGAAAAUAUCAAGCUAAAAAUCCACGAAAAGAGACUAGAACAGGAUGCCAAGCUCAUAUUGUUGUUACUCGCCAAUUUGUUGGAAAGUACCAUAUUACUAAGGUUGAGUUAGAACAUAACCAUCCUCUCGUUCUACCGACAAUGAUUCACAUGUUGCCAUCUCACAGAAAUUUGAACGACAUACAAACUCAUGAAAUCGAUUUGGCGGAGGAUGCUGGAUUAUUUUCUAAAGGAACUUUUGAUUUUAUGAGUCUUCAAGCUGGUGGCAGAGCAAAUUUGGGCUGUACUAAGUUAGAUCGUAAGAACUACCUUCAAACAAAAAGGCAAAAAGCUAUGGGACAAGGAGAAGCAGGAGUACUAUUAGAAUAUUUUGAGAAAAAAAGAGUUGAAGAUCCAUCUUUCUUUUUUGCGACAAAUAAAGAGCAUAGACCUUUGGCUAGUUUUGUUGGAUUUAAUAACCAUAGAAAAAUGAUUGUUUUUGGAGGUGCACUGAUGUAUGAUGAGACUUCAGAAUCUUUUCAAUGA